GACCAUCUCAUAUCGUAAUACUGUUUGUCACGACCUGACCAUGGCUUGCCCAGAAAGCUGUUGUAGCCGCAAGGACACGGAACAAGCCAAUACGGUGUCUAAAGAUUCGCCAUCAACUUUGGCAGAGCCGGCGACAUGCGUUCCUGUUGUACUCCCCCAUACCGAUGUCGAUAACUCUGUUACUGCUGAAUUAAAACCCGAGGCAACACAAUCAUCAUGCUGCACACCAAAACCUACAAACUGCGCUCCACGCGAACAGAAGUCCACUUGCUGCGCCGCAGACAGCUCAUUCGGCUGCUGUAGUGACAAAAAGGACGUUGUCAUGUCCACCGACGAAAUCACACGCCUCGAUUCCUCCACCAUGGACACGGAAAAGGGCGGUGGUAUUGCCCGCCAACACAUGGUAAUCAGCAUAUCCGGCAUGACCUGCACCGGUUGCGAGACAAAGUUGCAGCGCACGCUCAACAGCCUGCGAUAUUUGAGCAAUGUGCAAACAAGUCUUGUUCUCGCGCGCGUGGAGCUCGACAUGGAUGCCAACGCCGCCACGGCCGACGACGUCCUCAAGCAUCUGCAUCGCACGACCGAGUUCAAGUGCGAAAUCGUUUCCAGUCAGGGAUGCAGUUUGGACUUUGUCUGUUCUGCUGGCGAUCCGGUGGAAUGGGUAAAAAGCCACGAGUGGCCAGACGGCGUACUAGAUGUGCGGCGUCUGGGCAAGGACAAGAUGAUUCGCGUAGACUACGAUGCAAAGGUUAUCGGAGCGAGAGAACUGCUGGAGCAUCCAUGGAGUAACGCAUUACAUCUUGCGCCUCCGUGUCCUGACGCGUCUCUGGAUGCGGGUAGCAAGCAUGUGCGCAACAUGGGACUCAUGACGCUACUCUCCGCCAUUCUGACCAUCCCCGUCCUCGUAAUGGCAUGGGCGCCUCUGCCCAACCGCGAAAUCGCAUAUGGCUCUGCGUCGCUGGCGCUGGCAACAAUCGUGCAAGUUGUUGUUGCCGGUCCCUUUUACCCUAAAGCGCUUAAAGCGCUCGUCUUUUCCAGAGUCAUUGAGAUGGACUUGCUCAUAGUACUCAGCACCAGUACUGCGUACAUCUUCUCCAUCGUCUCAUUCGCAUUCCAAGUCACGGGCAACCCUCUGUCUACGGGCGAGUUUUUCGAGACUAGCACGUUGCUUGUGACGUUGAUCAUGGUUGGGCGCUGGGUAGCGUCACUCGCGCGACAAAAGGCCGCAGAGUCAAUUAGUAUCCGGUCACUUCAGACUGCGACUGCGUUGCUAGUUGACGAACAGCAGGGGCCAGACCGGGAGAUUGACGCACGACUACUGCAAUUCGGAGACGUUUUUCGAGUGGCACCCGAUACGAGAAUCCCGACUGACGGAACGGUCAUCUCUGGUUCUUCCGAGAUGGACGAGUCGAUGCUAACUGGGGAGUCGAGGCCUGUAGAAAAACACGCCGGAUCGACAGUGACUGCUGGUUCCAUCAACCGAAGUGGAACGCUUACUGUUCGUUUGAGCCGUUUGCCGGGAGAUAAUACCAUCACAACGAUUGCUACUAUGGUCGACGCAGCAAAGCUUUCAAAGCCAAAGAUUCAGGAUAUCGCGGAUAGAGUGGCGAGUUACUUUGUCCCUGUUGUCGUCACGCUUACUAUAAUUACCUUUGUCAUCUGGAUCGCGAUUGGUGUCACGGUACGCAACCAGUCGGGAUCGCGCGCAACUAUUGAAGCAAUCACGUACGCCAUCACCGUCUUGAUUGUAUCGUGUCCUUGCGCCAUUGGUCUCGCAGUCCCCAUGGUCAUUGUCAUUGCCUCGGGCGUCGCUGCAAAGCGUGGUGUGGUAUUCAAGUCAGCUAGUAGCAUUGAGACGGCAUACAAGACAACAGACGUGGUGUUUGACAAGACGGGCACUCUGACAGCUGGACGACUGGCGGUCGUACAUGAGGAGUUUCUUGGAGACGACGCGGCGACCACGAGAUCAUUGUUGCUCGGCUUGCUGGGCAAUAUCAAACAUCCAGUGUCAGCGGCUGUUGCAGGGCACUUGAUGUCCCAGAGAGUUUCAACUUUGUCCGUGACGGAUGCCAAAGUGGUAACGGGUAGAGGCGUAGAGGGAACGUAUAACGAACAGGUGUUGCGUGCUGGCAAUUCCAGAUGGUUGGAGCUAUCAGAACACCCCUCUGUCCGCACACUACUAUCCGAGGGGUUCAGCACAUUUUGUUUCGUCAUUGAUGACGCCCCAGCAGCCAUCUUCGGACUGCGAGACACCUUGCGCCCCGAUGCCGCCGCCACUAUUGGACGCUUACGUGGUGCAGGCAUCCGGGUGCACAUACUUUCUGGUGAUGAUGAAGGCGCCGUCAGAGAUAUUGCAGCCCAGCUUGACGUUAAAAGGGAAGCUGUUCGCUCGCGCUGCUCGCCAGCCGACAAGCAAGCUUACCUCAAAGCACUGCUCGCAGCGUCGUCAGCAAUACCAUCUUCCAGCAAGUCGCGCAAGCCGGUAGUCAUGUUUGUAGGAGACGGAACCAAUGAUGCCGUUGCACUGGCUCAAGCCACGAUUGGUGUUCACAUGUCCAGCGGCACCGAUAUUGCGCAAUCGGCUGCAGAUGUGGUACUUGUUCGUCCGAACCUCUCAGGCGUACUGACUAUCAUCCAAGUAAGCAGGAAAGCAAUUCACCGAGUCACCUUCAACUUUGGCUGGAGUUUUGUGUACAACCUCUUUGCCGUGCUGUUGGGAGCAGGUGCUUUUGUGCAUGCGAGAAUACCGCCCGAAUUCGCGGGACUCGGAGAGCUGGUCAGUGUUUUACCAGUAGUAUUGGCUGCGGUAUUGCUGAAGUGGUCGCGUCUUUGA